ACACAUCGCAACUCUCUGCCGCCGUAUUCGGUUAUCUGAUACUCAAUGCGAUAAAAUUUUAACUUUUCAGAAUCGGAAAUCGGAAAAAAUGUCGAUUCACGGGCGUUCUCCGGCGAGUCCUCCGCCGUCUCCGUCUCCGGUUACGCUGCCGUCGAAUCAGGUUCUCAAGCAGAAAGUAAUCGCUUGUCUCAACAAACUCGCCGACCGCGACACCUUGGCUCUUGCCUCCGCAGAGCUCGAGUCCAUCGCGAGAAAUCUCACUCAGGAUUCCUUCUCUUCGUUUCUCAACUGCCUCCACAGCACGGAUUCCUCGUGCAGACCUUCGGUGAGGAAGCAGUGCGUCUCUAUCUUGUCGCUUCUCUCCCGCUCCCAUGGCGACUCUCUCUCCCCUCACCUCUCCAAGAUGGUCUCCACCGUAAUCCGCCGUCUCCGAGAUCCGGAUUCCUCCGUUCGCGCCGCCUGCGUCGCGGCGGCCGCGGACAUUUCGGCUCACGUUACGCACCAGCCGUACGCCGCCGUCGCGAAGCCGCUCAUCGAUACGUUAGUCCAGGAGGGUGACUCCAACGCCCAGAUCGGGGCGGCGAUGUGCUUGGCGGCUGCCGUGGAGGCGGCGGAUGAUCCGGAUGCGGAGCAGCUGAGGAAGGCACUGCCGAGGAUGGGGAAAUUGCUGAAGAGCGAGGCUUUCAAGGCGAAGGCGGCGCUGUUGGCCAGUGUAGGGAGCGUAAUCGGCGCCGGCGGAGCGGGAACGAAGUCGGUUUUGGACUGGUUGGUUCCGUCGCUGAUGGAAUUUCUGAGCAGCGACGAGUGGGCAGCGAGGAAGUCGGCGGCGGAUGCAUUGGGGAGAGUUGCGAUGGUGGAGGAGGAUUUAGCACCACUGUAUAAGAAGAUCUGUGUGGCGACUCUGGAGAGCAGGAGAUUUGACAAGGUGAAAAUUGUCAGAGAAACUAUGAAUCGGGCGCUGGAGCUAUGGAAGGAAGUUCCAAGUGAUACUGACGGGUCCUCUUCAUCUCAAUCUCCAUCUCCAUCUCCAUCUCCAUCUCCAUCUCCAUCUAGAUCUUCCACUGAUGAUGGUAGCAUUGGAUGCAAUUCCUCGUUCUCAAGAAGUUCUUCAAUGGAUGCUGGGUUCAAGACCCCUCGACGAAAGAAAGCAACUCCCUUAAUGAAGAGGUCCCCAUCCUUGCCUUUGAGCAGAUCGUAUGUUGCAACGGGACAAAAGGAGAAUCUUUCAAGAACUAACCAAGGACAUAAAAAUUCAUUAGCGGUCUCCAGCAAGGGACCAAGAUCUCAUUCCUCGACCCAAUCUUUGGACUGGGGAACUGUAGAAUCAGAGGAGGAGAACUCGGGCCCGGACAUUAUUAAAAAUACUGUCUUCGAGAAAAACCGGGAUGAUAAGGUGCAUCGGAUUGGUGGUUUGAGGUCUGGCUACGGGGUUGUCCCAUGCAAUGAUAAUGGCAUUUCUGGUGCCGAUGAGACUAAGAAAGAUGGCGAGGACUUGUCUUUGAUACGUGAACAGCUUGCUCAGAUUGAGAACCAGCAAUCAGAUCUCUUAGCCCUCCUUCAGAAAUUCAUCGGGAGUUCGCAGAGUGGUAUCCAGUCUCUCGAAUCACGGGUAAGCAGCCUAGAGGUGGCGUUGGAUGAAAUGUCGUGCGACUUGGCAGUAUCAAGCGGGAGAGUCCACAAGAACACAUGUGCAUAACUCUUUCAAGUCCCAAGUUCUGUCCGAAGACAGAGGAUGAACACUGUCUUCUGCAACGGUGAUCAGAGAGGAAGGUUCUGGUUUUUUUUCAGAACAGGACAAGCCAAAAAGUCAAUUCCAGGACUCUAUAUACUCAAACUGAAUCCAAUAGCCAGAUUAUCUACAUGAUGGGUGAUCGUAUUUUGGUCAAGGAAGAGCGAAGUCUGGAUCGUGGCAUGUCUUUUCGUAAGGUUUCGUCCCAAAUCUAAUGGUUUAACGUCAUGUUUCUUCACAUCUGAAGCCACUUCUUCACAUCCAUCGAGCUACUUCUUCACAUCGACAAGGUGUAACGAACAUGAUUGAUUGGGCCGAGUAGCGGGAGAAUCAAAGACAAGUGGCAUGGAUGGGUCCUGUUUCUUAGAGAUUUAUGAAACAGGACCCAUCCCCGUGGCCCGUUCGCCCACUCAAACCCUUUCAUUUUUCUUUGUUUAAAAAAAUAUAUUCUAAAAGACUUUUAACUA